AUGCCUCACAAAACUGCAUCUCGGAUCAGGCCGGCGAUGUACGGGCGCUACACCCAGGAGCUGGGGGUGUACGCCAAAGAGGAGGCGGCUCGUAUCCGGGACGGCGGUCAGCGGCGCUCUGUGAGCGAGCGCAGCCUCAGUCUGCUGGAGUACGACAAGAGCCGCUGUGCCAAGUGCCGCAUCUGUGCAGUGCGCUGUCAGAAGUUCCUGAUCUCGCGGGUCGGGGAGGACUGGAUCUUCCUCAUCCUGCUGGGACUGGUCAUGGCGCUGGUCAGCUGGGUCAUGGACUUCUGCAUCGCCAUCUGUCUGCAAGCACAGAAGUGGAUGCACGGAGGCCUGGACAGUAACGUGUUCCUGCAGUACUUGGCCUGGGUCACGUAUCCAGUGGUCCUCAUCACCUUCUCGGCAGGAUUCACACAGAUCCUGGCCCCACAGGCUGUUGACGGGCUGACGAGACGAGUGAGCUCUGGAGUGGCCAACAUAUUUGUUGAUUACAGUCACACCUCGACCGAACUCACAAAGUACACCGUAGUCCUGAUGCAGCUGUCCUUCCUCAUUAAAAUACAUUGA